CAUGAACUUCGAGGUCAUCGGUCGUAUCGAAGGGACUUUCCCCAACUUUUACCGGACGGUUUUUGGCACGACACCGGGCUUCGAGGUGAGCCAGUUGGAAUCCUAGUUGCAAUCCUAUAAAUACGGCACACCGGUUGUGGAGCUGGCACAGAACGGCCAAGAAAGUUAAGGGAAGCGACUUCAACUGCCGAACAGACGAUUUCAAGUUGAGAGAAGCCGACACUUUAUAGUUGCAAUAAUUCGACAAGAUGAAUGCCUGUCAUGUCAUCUUUGUUGUCGCCAUUUCGGCCAUCAUGAUCCUCGGUGCAAAUGCAGACCGUAAACACUGUUCUUGCGAUCUUCGAUGGAGCACAACCGAGCUAAGUGCAGGGGAAAGCGCCAAUGGUUUAUCGGUCUUGGAGAACCUACCUGACCCGAGCUACCACCACUGGCUCGUCGUGGGCUGCCAGGCGGUCCAUCGAAACUGCCCCGACGACUGCCUGGAUGAGGCCCAUGACUGGAUGGGCGGGUCUGGGUUCACCAACACGGCGGGCCGGGUGGCCUGUGCGAGCGUGCGGAGGAACGCGCCUCCAGGCAGUCCGAUCUACGUGUACGCAACGUACGACCCCAGCGUGUGCGGCGAUCGCACGUGGCAGUAUGUGGCCCCGCUCUGCUGCUGGGAGAUCGCGUUCAGUGGCUACGACAACAUCUUUCUGUACAACCACAGAUGUGCAGAGUCGAGUAAACCAAGACUGAAUCAGUCGAGCUAAUUAGCUUCAACUUCAUGCGAACUCUUUCCAACAGACUGUAUAUUAUGCCUUACUCGUGAACGAAGGAUGACGCUGUCGCGCGCUGUAACAUUGCUAUGGCUAAAAGAUCAUUGUUCAAACUUUAGUUUCCAGAUUUAGAUAAAGUUACUAAACUACUCCAAUAAACGGCAUUUUGAGGUUGUAGUAUUCACAAAAUAACAUUGGUCACCCCCCUAAGUCGCUCAAAUUUCUGUCAUGUUAAAAUUCAGAAAAGUGUAGUUUUAAAAACACCACUUUACCCUUUUGUAAUAAUUUCAUUUUCAAUUUUUAAACCCUAACUUAACGUGCAGUUGUCAUGAAAUAAACGGACAUUUUGAGGCUAUUCUUUCGUUUCAUAUUGGCCAGUGCUACAGCUUAGAUUUUGCACCAGUGAAGGAUGCUCGCACGUCCUUGCUAUAAAUAAAUGCUUUGCCUAAGCAUCUAUAGGCCAGUCUAAAAAUCA